AUUUUACACAGGUAUCAACACUAGUUUUUGCCUCUGAAGGAAAAAAUAUUUCCAAAGUCACUUAUAGUAUGUUAAAAAUUAUGUUUUCUGAUGAGCUACUCAAGUAUUACAGCUGGAAAGGUCAAAAAAAUAAAAAACCAUUUUCAGAGUUUAUAAUUUGUAAAGUCAUUAUUGGUGCUGUUAGACAAAAAUUUCCCGAACAAAAAGAUAGCAGAAAUUACAUCAUCAGUAGUAUUAUGUCAUGGCUAGCACAGGCACCAACAAGGAUUGCAAACAAAGAAAAACAAAAAAAAAGGAGAGAAACUGCAGAUUAUCACCAUCAUCAAGAUUAUGAAGACAACAUUGCAGAUGAUAAUAAGAUCAAUUCAACUUAAAUUAUUUUAUAUCAUAUUUACCUUAUU